GCGACCGGCGACGAACGCAGGCCGCCGCCGCCGCACUACUCUUGUUCCAAUCGCAUGCCCGCGUUUUGCGCUUGCUGGGCACCCGAUACUGGAAACUCGGAACUAUCUGUCGGAUAGAUGACGCGGAGCCCGAAAUCACGCGGCAAGAACGAACAUCCGGGGAGUAAGAGCAACCCUGAGAAUGGAUCUCACAACGCCAGCAAGAAAGAGGAUAAAAGGGUAGAGGCUCUAGAAGAAGCAGAGCUCUGCCAGUGGUUGGAGUUCGCGGCGGAUGUGGCGAAUAGGAAAAAUCUCACUGAUGACCAGUUGAUGAUUUACCUUCGAUUCCUCGAUAAUGCCCUGGCUACCCGAGCAUUCGUCACAGGACCUCGAUCGACGACCGCCGAUACGACACUCUACGCUGCUCUCCGCGAUGUUGUCAGUAAAUUGAGUUUCCCUGAUAAGGAACGCGUUCCGCGUGUCGGUCGUUGGUUCAGUCACCUGCAAAGUCUGAAAGGCCCGAAAAGCGCUGGAGUGAUAUUCAGCCUUACCCCCCUGUACUGAGAGACAUCCAUUUUCAACGCGGUUCUCAUUAUACAACGAUGGCGUCGAGAUCGACCACAUGGCAGCCCUGAUAUUUUCUCAUCUCGACUCCAGGAGCCCCGCUCGAACGCUCGAGCAAGCCUGGGUUCGCUCGGAUACUGUGAUAUGGAGGCGCGCCCAGGAAAUCAAGGGAGAAGGUUCCGCCUAAUAUAAACGAGGAGUCCGCUUAAACAUUCA